AUGGCCGAUGUUCCAACCAAUGCACCUAUAGAAUGCCCCGGUACUCAGAGCCAACAAGCUGGUAAAGUUUCUGCAUGCAAUGGUUGUGCAAAUCAACAGCUAUGUGCUUCGGGAGCUUCAUUACCUCCUGAUCCAGCCAUUGAAAUUAUUAAACAGCGCUUACAGACAGUAAAACACAAGUUACUAAUACUAUCUGGUAAGGGUGGAGUGGGUAAGAGCUCUUUUACUGCACAUUUAGCACGUGGUUUAGCCACCAAUGAAGAUGAAGAUAUUGCUAUCCUUGAUAUUGAUUUAUGCGGUCCGUCUAUACCAAGAAUAAUGGGAGUGGAAGGACACCAGGUGUUUCAAAGUAUGUCUGGUUGGUCACCUGUGUUUGUCGAAGAUAACCUAUCCAUCAUGUCAAUCGGAUUUCUCCUAUCUGGCCCAGCUGAUGCCGUUAUUUGGAGAGGUCCAAAAAAAAAUGGUUUAAUUAAGCAGUUUUUGAGAGAUGUAAACUGGGGAGAAUUAGAUUAUUUACUGAUUGAUACGCCGCCGGGAACCUCGGAUGAACAUAUCUCAAUUGCACAAUAUCUAAAAGGUGCUGGUGUUGAUGGUGCUAUUGUAAUAACCACACCUCAGACGGAGUCGCAGAUAUUUCCCCCUACAACGGGUGGUGGACGGCAAAUGGCAAUAGAUAUGGAUGUCCCAUUUAUUGGUAAAAUUCCGUUGGAUCCAAGAAUAGGCAAAUGUUGCGAUGAAGGAAUAUCCUACUUUUCCGAAGUCCCUGAUUCACCCGCUACUAAGGCCUACAAAAAUAUUAUUGAAGAAAUUCGAAAAUUUUGUGCUAGUAAACCUGCAAAUGACGCCUCUGAAGUAGAAAACUGA